GUUGGCUCGGCGAUCCUCAGUUUACCGCGGCCAGUCGACGCGACGCGCAGUCCGAUCUUUGACCCUCGUUUUUCCGCGUCUCGUUCCUUUCAUUUCGCCUUUUCUCCUCUUACGUCAUCGCGUUCCUCUUGGUGGUGUUUUCGUUUCUCGCGAUCGACGAGAUGCGAAUCGAUCCCUUCUCGGACCAACAGAUUCCACGCAUCCGCAACGAAACCGGUAUGACUGCGACGCAGAAGGUCGCGUUCCAACAACGACGCUGAUCGAACGUCGCGACGGAUCCGAGAUGAACCCGUCGAUCGGACUGUUGACCGUGGCAGUGCUCGCGAUCGGCACCGCGAUCGCCGGCUUGAAUCCAGGGGGGGCCGACUGCGGCGAGCAACGCUGCUCCACCGUCGAGUAUUGCAGCCCCUACGACAAGCGUUGCAAACCGUGCUCCUCCAUCUGCGACGCCACGGGUCGCAACUAUCAGCAAAACGAGUGCAUCAAAGAUUGUCAAGAAUACCUGCACGACAAACGAUACGUUCUUCUCGAGCAAUACGAGGAUUUACGAGGGGAGAUGCAGCGAUUGUGGAUACUGGCGGCGAUAUCUAUCGCGGUAGCCUUUACGUCUCUCGUAUCGAGCCUGUACCUGUACGUGCAAAAGUGUCCACGAUGGGAAAAGAUGCGAACCACCGUGAGUCGAGCCAUCGCCGGGAAACGAGCAAAGAGAACGUCGAACGAGAGCGGCGGCGGCGGCGGCGGCGUCGGCGGCGGCGACAACGACAACGACAACAACAACGAUCGCGGCAAAUCGACGCUUCGAGACGCGGAAUCGGGCACGUCCAGGCACAACGGACUGAAGCUGACGAUGCCAACGAUAAGCGCGAGCGUGGCUCCUUCCCGAUUCUUGGAAAACGAAAACGGCCGUGGUGGGAACGGCAGCGGAAACGCGAGCGGAAGCGGCAGCGCUAAUGGAAGCGGAACCGGUAACGCCACGCCGAACACCACCACCACAUCGCUGUCGAGAAGGCAUCCCAGCGAGGACACCACUCUCGAUUACGCUUACGACAAUCCAGCUAUGACGCCCAGCCCGGAAACCGUUCAACACAGAACGAAGCGCGAGAGCUCGUUUUAAACGGGAUAUCCGAUCGAUUCGCCACUGUACAUAGGUUAAUUAUAAGCAUCGUACUUAAUCGCGCUCGUCCGCGCGAGAACGCGCGCGACCUUCCGCGGAUCCUUAUCAGCCAUUCCGUCCACGAAAGGCCUUUCGAGCGAAGUUUGCCCGAUCGACGGUAACGGGGUCGAGCUUCGCAUAGGUCAGCGACGGCGCGUAACCCGCCGGCCGAUCGAUGGAGAAGCGCGCGUUCCACGCUCAAUUCGAAUGCUCAACCGUCGAGUUUUACGCUCGCGUGCCUCUUUUUCACGAUCGCGCUCUUCUCUCUGGCUCUCUCUCGCUCUCUCCUCUUUCUUCUCCUCCUGCGCUAUCGACGGCGAGACCCGAGACAGAGGCAGAGGGAGAGAGAGAGAGAGAGAGGGAGAGAGAAAUCGUUUGUGUUCGGCGGUUCGCGCGAACCUCGCUGAUCUUAGGUUAAUAAGUCGUACGACAGCGAUUCGAAUCGUCGCGAUCUUUCUUCGUCCAGCGUUCGUCCGAUGUUCCUCGUCGUGAACGAUCACCGUACUUGGUGACCGUCGACGAUCAGGAAUCCGAUGUCUUCCAGCGAACGAAACGUCGCGGUUACUCGAGCCGCGAACAGAAGAAAAGAAACGAGGAGAAAAAGUUUGCCGCUCGUUCGCAAGUAUUCGUAGUUUUAAGACGUUUUUUCGUUAUCGAUCCGGUAGUUUGUGUCGGAGUAAGCAAUAAACGCAAUAACGCACGA